AGCACUUGAGGAGUUGGUUGUGUUCUUCACAUAUAGAGAUGGAAGUAUUGAGACCCAUCAAGUCUUCUUAUUGCUUACUAGUUUUUGUGAUCAUCAUUUGCUUGCUUUGGUAUUGCUCUCAUAACCCAGAUUCUGGGUUUUACAGUAUAAGGAUUCUGAAGACUACUCAACCUGUACAAGAUAGCAACAAUUUAGUUCAAGUGUUGAGAAGAGCAACAAUGCAAGACAGAACAGUAAUUCUAACCAUUGUUGACAAAUCAUGGGCAAGUCCAGGCUCAAUUCUUGAUCUCUUCCUAGAGAGCCUUCACAUUGGCCAUGGAACCACAUACCUCUUGAACCAUUUGGUGAUUGUUGCUCUGGACACUCAAGCUUUUCAAUAUUGCAAGUCCAUACAUCCUCAUUGCUUCCACUUUGACAAGAUCAAACCAUUCAAGAGACUGGAUCGCCAGACGUUUGAUCGUGUUAGGAACGACGUCGUCCAUGGAGUGAUUAAAUUGGCUUACAAUGUCAUUUUCACAGAAGCAGAUGUUAUGUGGCUUAGAAAUCCAAUACCAAACUUUAUUCCAAACCACCAAAUGACCAUAGCAUGUCAUCCUGACAUGACAACAAAAAUGGUGUUGGAGGAUGGAGGAUACUUUUUCAUGAAAUCAGAUGAUAUAUCAAUGGAAUUCUUCCCAACCCUGAACAUGGUUAGGGUUCUGUAUACUAAUCUUCAAAACCUCUCUCUAUGUCAAGCAAUCGUAGAAGAGAAACCACCUGGCGCGAGCAUUACCUUCAUAGAUAGGGAAUAUUAUGGUGGAUUCUGUGCAGCAACCAAGGAUAUGAGCAGAGUGUGUACCAUCCGUGCGAAUUGUUGUGACAGCGUUGAAAGCAAGAUCCACGACCUUAAACUUGUUCUUGAUGAUUGGAGAAACUUCACAGCCGGUCCGGAGAGGACUAACAGUUUGUUUAGAGCUCCCGAUAAAUGUAAAACGUGAUCAGACUAUAUUUAUGUUUUAUCUUCAUCAUCAUCGUCCUUCUUCUUUGUAGAGGGUUCAUGUUUGUCUUGAAACGUAGUUCUAGACAUGGGGUGCCUGCUCAUAUUGGAAAAAAAUUUGAGUUGUAUAUAUAUCAAUUGUGAAGCUAGAUUAAGCGCGAACAGCUUGUAUGCAAUAGUAUGAUAAAAGUUAAUUGCAUAGG